GCUGUGUUAUGACAAGCCCAGUCAGUCUCUCUGACACAACAGAAACUUCCUCUAAAGCUCCCACUCGACGAGGAAGAGGUGCUGGGGGUGGAGAUCGGGAGGCUAGGAACUCAGCCCCUCUCCCGCUGCGGCACACAACAGCCCUGAGAUCUGUCUCUGUCUGCCUCCUCCACCCCAGCCCUCCGACUGUCACUGGACACCCAAUGGGCACUCUCACUCUAACCCCGGCCUGUCUGACAGUGUUCACCACUUUCUGGUGUGUUCAUGGAUUUAACCUGGAAACGGAUAACCCAGUAACCUUCACCGAGGAUCCCCAGUCUCAGUUUGGACUCCGCGUGGCUCAGUUUAACGCAAACAGUCAGAAAUGGACGCUGGUGAGUGCCCCCCUGCUCCAGGAUAUCAACCGAAAUAAAACGGGAGCCAUCUUCAAAUGUCUGUACAAUGAUCGACUGUGCACCAAACUCAACACUCCAGUCGCAAGUGGAUCCGAGAAUAUGGGUCUUUCUCUGACAACUGGUAACUCAAACGGACCAAAGUUUCUCGCCUGCGUGCCCCGAUAUUCCUAUUACUGCUACACCAACACCUACAUCAACGGUUACUGCGAAUUGUUCAACCACCAGGGAACCGUCACAGAAAGAAUCCCUUCCAAGCUGCCAGUGUGUCCCAAGGUCUUGGUGGACAUCGCCUUCCUCAUUGAUGGAUCUGGCAGUGUGAACAGUGUGGACUUCCAGCAGAUGAAGGACUUCAUCAAGGAGAUCAUGAGGAAAUUCCGGAACGCGGAGACGCAGAUGGCGCUAGCUCAAUUCAGCCACAACGCGCGGACAGAGUUCACCUUAAACGGUUACAAGCAGGCUUCGGACAAGGAAAGACUGGUCAAUAGGAUUAGCCAAAUCAGGGGAGGGACGAACACCCAGAUGGGAUCAACUACGUCAC